AUGUCAGACCAAAACGACAAGGCACCCGUCCGCGACAUGGCGGAAGACGACGCAUACUUCCCUUCACCAUUCUCCCUCACGCAGUACGUCACCUCAAAGACGGACUUUGACGGCGCCGACUAUCCAAACAAGUACACCGGCGGCAAAUGGAAGAUCCUCAUGAUCGGCACCCAAGAGCGUUAUCUCAAGAUGGCAGACGGAAAGUUCUUUUCCACUGGCAACCACCCAGUUGAGAUGCUUCUACCAAUGUACCACCUCGACGCUGCAGGUUUCGACAUUGAUGUAGCCACACUCUCGGGAGAUCCCGUCAAGUUCGAGAUGUGGGCUUUCCCCAAAGAGGACGAGGCUGUCAAGUCAAUUCACAACAAGUAUAAGCAAAAGCUUCGCAGUCCGCUUAAUCUUUCCGAUGUGUGGGGAGACGGGUUUACUCAAGAUACACCCUACAUCGCAGUCUUCAUUCCUGGCGGCCAUGGUGUCCUCAACGGUAUACCUUUUAGUAAGACAGUCGGAGACAUCCUCCGCUGGGCUGAUGGCAACAACCGCUUCUUCAUCACCCUCUGCCAUGGUCCUGCUAGUAUUCUUGCCGCUGAUGUUGGCAAGCCUGAGGGAUCCAAGUUUAUCUACGAGGGAUAUAGCGUUGACGUCUUCCCUGACUCACUGGACGAAGGCGCUAAUAUCGAUAUUGGCUACAUUCCCGGCAAGAUGGAGUGGCUGGUCGGUGAUCGGCUUAAGAAGCUUGGAGUCACGCCUAUCAAUAAGACUAUCUCGGGUGAAUGCCACCGUGAUCGUCUGUUGUUGACUGGUGAUUCGCCGCUAGCCUCGAAUAACUUGGGUAAGCUGGCGGCCAAGACGCUGUUGGAGGAGGUUAACAAAUAA